AUCCUCUUAGUUUUCUAAUUCUUAGCUUCAGCUUUUUAACUGCAUGAUCUUUCUUUUAUUACUCUUCAAUAUGAUUAUUAAAACCCAGAAUUUAUCUUUUCUCAGAGUGUUCCCAGACAGGUUUUUGAUCCAGAAAUCGAGCUAGAAAUCAAUAAUUUAAUAUCCCCUCAUAUAUAAUAUAAUUCCUACUCCACUGAUCAUUUUCCGGCAAGUAAAAAAAAUGAUUCCGGACAACCUUAAGACGAAGAAGAAGAAGAAGAAUCACAAGUUACACAAGAUGCACUUGAUCGCCGCCGUGGCUUUCCGGUUGGUUGAGCUCUGCAUGUUUCUUACCGUUUUCUGGCGAUUUUCCGGCCACUUGAGCGCCGGCGUUGCCAAACUCUCCGGCGGGUACUUCAUCAAGACACUCUCGGGCACGUUGAUCAGCCCAAGGUUCGUGUUCCUCGUCGGAAACGCCAUAUUCCUCGUCUUGGUCCGCCGGUCCGGCCAGGAAAAACAGGGGUCCGGCGAGAACCUCGAUUUGUACGAGGAACAUCUGAAGCAAUCUGGGAAGAAUCAAGAAUUUUGGCAUGGAGAACAGGGGACGAAGAAGAAGAAACAGGGGAAUUGUAAAAUGCAGAGGAGCCGAUCGGAGGAGGGGAGGAAGAGGGGAGGAGGAUAUGAGGAGCUGAGAAGGUCGGCGACGGUAAGCCGCCGGAAAAGAGAGGCCGGAGCUCCGGCGGCGGCGGCAGCCACCGAGGAAAUGAGCAGUGAAGAAUUUAGACGAAAAGUUGAGGAUUUCAUUGCAAAGCAACGGAUGGCUUUGAUGGAAGAAGAGUGCUCAUAUAUGCAUAGCUAGUGUUUGUAAAUACUCGGUAGUAAAAAAUGAGCAAAUUAGUGACAUUUACUAAUUACUACUUACUACUAUAAUUACCUUCAUGUAAAAAGAGAAGAAAAAUAAAUAUUUUUCCUCCUUUUUUUGCCUUGAGAGUUAAUUUUUUUGGACAUUAUUUUGUACUCCCUCCGUCCCAAAUUAUAAUGCAUGUUUACUAUUCACAAGGUCAAACUUCAUUCACUUUCUUUCUCUAUUUUCGUUAGCAAUUUGAUAAAAUAAAAUAUUCUUGUCACU